GCGCGCGCCCACACGUGCGGCUCCCCGGAUUCGCGCCGCCGCGGCAGAGCCAGCCAGGCAAAGCCAGGCCAGCAGCUUCGGAUCGAGGAAGAGGAAGCGGAGGAGGAGGGGGCGAGGAGUCAACCCAGCUUGCCAGCCAUGGACGGAUCGGCCGCGGAGCUGGAGGCGGCGGAGCGGGUGGUGAUGCGGUGGGACUCGGCCUCGGCGGGCGCCGGCGGGGACGAGCCGAUGCUGUUCGACGGCGCCGGGGACCGGGCCGAGGCGGACCGCUUCCUCCGCGCCGUCGACGACCUGCGCCGCCUCGCGCCGCCGUCGCCCGCCGCCGUCGGGAGCCCGCGCCGCCUCUCGUCGUCCUCGGGGUCCUCCGCCGCCGCGGCGGGGGGAUCCGGCGCCGUGCAGGUCGCCAUGGCGCGGCUCGAGGACGAGUUCCGCCACGUGCUCUCCUCCCGCGCGCUCGACCUCGAGAUCGAGGCGCUCGCCGACCUCAGCUCGCUCUCCAUCAACAGCGACCGCUCCAACUCGGCCUCCUCCGCCGACCUCCCGGCCCCCGACGAGGAGGACUCCGUGUCCUCCUCCAUCGGCCGCCGCAGCAGCGCCUACCGCUCGCUCCGGAGCAUCCGCGAGAUCGACCUCCUCCCCGACGACGCCGUCGCCGACCUCCGCGCCAUCGCGUCCCGCAUGGCCGCCGCCGGGUACGGCCGCGAGUGCGCGCAGGUCUACGCCUCCGUCCGCAAGCCCGCCGUCGACGCCUCCCUGCGCCGCCUCGGCGUCGAGCGCCUCAGCAUCGGCGACGUCCAGCGCCUCGAGUGGGACGCGCUCGAGGCCAAGAUCCGACGCUGGAUCCGCGCCGCCCGUGCCGCCGUCCGCGGCGUCUUCGCCAGCGAGCGCCGCCUCUGCUUCCACAUCUUCCACGACCUCCCCAUCUCCAGCAGCACCAUCUCCGCCGCCGCCGCGCCCGCCACGCACGACACCCCCUUCGCCGAGGCCGUCAAGGGCGCCGCGCUGCAGCUGUUCGGCUUCGCCGAGGCCAUCAGCAUCGGCCGCCGCUCCCCUGAGAAGCUCUUCAAGAUCAUAGACCUCCACGAUGCGCUCUCGGACCUCCUCCCCGACGUCUCCGACAUCUUCGCCGCCUCCAAGGCGGCGGAGUCAAUAUACGUGCAGGCCGUUGAGAUCCGGUCGCGUCUCGCCGACGCCGUGAGGGGGAUACUCUCGGAGUUCGAGAACGCCGUGCUCCGCGACCCGCCCAAGACCGCAGUGCCCGGCGGCACCAUCCACCCGCUCACACGGUAUGUGAUGAACUAUAGCAGCCUCAUUUGCGACUACAAGGUCACGCUCUCCGAGCUGAUCAUAUCGCGGCCAUCAGCUAGUGCCCGUCUUGCUGCUGAGGGCAAUGAGCUCGCGCCGUCCUUGGCGGACCUCGAGCUCCCUGAGCUUGAGAACCAAUUGCCACUUGCCUCCCACAUUGUCUGGAUCAUUGUUGUUCUUGAACACAACCUGGAGGGCAAGGCGGCACUCUACAAGGAUCCAGCUCUUUCACAUUUGUUCAUGAUGAACAAUGUACACUACAUUGUGCACAAGGUGAAAGAUUCACCAGACCUCUGGGGCAUGAUCGGUGAUGAUUACUUGAAACGCCUUACCGGCAAGUUCACAAUGGCAGCCACAAACUACCAGCGGACCUCAUGGUUGAAGAUCUUGAACUGUUUGCGUGAUGAGGGGCUCCAUGUAAGUGGUGGAUUUUCGUCAGGAAUAUCUAAAUCAGCACUGAGGGAGCGGUUCAAGUCCUUCAAUGCUGCGUUUGAGGACGCACAUAGGGUGCAGUCUGGGUGGUGUGUGCCAGACAACCAGCUGAGGGAGGAGCUAAGGAUCUCAAUUGCAGAGAAGCUACUGCCAGCAUACCGGUCGUUCCUUGGCAGGUUUCGGCAUCACAUAGAGAAUGGGAAGCAUCCAGAACUGUACAUCAAGUAUUCUGUUGAGGAUCUUGAAAUAGCUGUGGGUGAUUUCUUUGAGGGUGUUCCUCCUACCCCACAUAAUAGAAGGAGAUCACAUGGAUGAAGGACUUGUACCUCAGGCAUUCAACUGGAUCGCUGUUGCUAUUUAUUCUUUGAUUCUUCACACGGAAGCUGGUGCUGGCAUUCGGGGCUCUAUUUCCACUAUUCUGAUACUUGAGAGAUAAAGUUGGUGAUCUUCAAUCAGAAUUGGCAAAACAUGAAUACAUUUUGGGAUCUUGUUGAAGCUGUCAAUCGCCCCCAUGGUUCCCAUUCUGUAAGAGAACUUGUUCAGUUGUUACACUAUUAUUAUAUAAUUUUGCAAGUAGCUUGUCCAUAUAGGAAAUUCUUUCAGUAAUGUUGGAUAGUUGGAACUCAUAGCAUUUCUGCCCUGUCUUGCAUCAGCUUUUGUGGCCUUUUUCAUUGUUAACAAUUAUCCGAAGGGUCUAUGUUUGUGGAUUAGAUGUAAAAAGAUUUAUAUGACUCAUGUACCACCUGAUUUUGUAAUAUGAUAAUAUCAUGCUGUUACAAUUUCAAAAGGAAACUCUAGCCUUCUCUAUAAUACAGUUCUUUUUAGGUGUCAAAACCAAUAGGAAGACCUAAACUACUAAAUUAGCAUUGUUGGCCGCUUUCCAUAAGAUUUAGCACUUUGUUACUACUGUAGCAUACAUCCAGUAAGUUAGAAAAUGCAUACUGUUCUGUCACUGCCAUGACAUGAAUACUUCAAUCGUGUGAUUAUUUUCCCUGCACACACCACUUUGGGAUGCUCUCCUCUUGAAAGGUCUCUUUUUACUAGUUCAGUUAGUGUUCCUAUUAUCUUCCUUGCUUUGUGUUGUUACCAGGUAUAUGAGAAAUUACUCUCUUGCACUCCAUUUCCUUCCUACUACAAGUGCGCGACUAGUCACUUGUGAAAAAAGAGCCAACACCCCCAUCUUUAUCUUGAUUAUGCCUGCCCUUUUCUCUUGACAAAUGCACAAUAUGAUGUACCAAUGCAUGUAACUGACAAUGGUAUGUCUAGGGUGGUGCUGUAUGUGGUCUGGCAUCACAUGGUCCAGCAUUGCCUAUGAUGUAAUGACAUACAUUCCGUUAAGUCGAACGGCAAGUGUUAGGCGCAACAUAUGUAUAAGCAUGCUGGGAACAUACAUAUGCUGUGCCAUCUGAUUGUUUUUUUCUUCUUCUGGAGCUGUAAUGUUCUCGAUGUAGCUCUUAUGUAAGCUGAAAGAUUUGCCGCCGUAUACGUGUAGCCUAGAGGUAUCGUUUGGCAUCUUUUGUAUGCAUAUUUAAUUUGGGCUA